CCGUCCCUGGGCUCAUCAAAAGUCAGCGGCAACCACCAUUGACCCUACGCGGGCACCUGGUGCAUCGUUUCUGGCUCUGGUUCCUUCCCAGAUCUUCCCGCCCACGUUGGUCCCAAAAGCUUCGAGUCAGCACGGGAAACACCACGGGAUAACACCUCCAAUUCAGAUCGACCGCCACUCUGUAUCAGCCCUAUCGCAAGUCUGGAACUUAAAUCUCGUCACCCACUGUUCUUCCUCUGAACAUUGGUGCCGCGACAUUCGUUACACUUUUCGCCGAACAUUCUGUCCUCCUGACCAUCUUCCAUCCCAUCGGCGUCUCCUCCACCCGAACCACACUACAACCUCCGGCCUCCGCCUAUCUGCCUACCAUCAUCUCAGCAGUCCAACAUACCUAUUACCUACUGCCUACCUUUCGCCUAUCCACUUUUACCGUCAUGUUUGCCCAAUCAAAUAUUCCCGAUAUGGCUCGCAAGAGGUUCCGUGAUGACGACGAGGAAGCAAUUGUCAAUCAGUGCUGCGGCGUUGCCGAGCAUAGGACUAAGCGCCUCUAUCUUCCUGUCCGAUCCUCCAAUCAUGCCGACGCCGCCUCGCAGUGGUCGUCAUCACCGAACCCCGAUACCACCCCCCGGUGUGAUGUGGAUAUGGCAAUGGACGAGAACAUCGUGCCGCUACACAGCCCCCAACCAGGUAGAAACGGCCUUUCCCUCGAGCCGAACCUGAACCCGAACCCGAACCCGCUCCGGCAUAGUCUUGAUAAUCUCACCGGCCGCUCGCCCACACCCGUCCAGCCCAACUUCGCCCCCCAGGUACGAGACCCGAGUGGCUGGUCGGAUCCUGUGCAGACCAUCUCUCACACCAACGGCGUCGUCAACAUGGGCCAUGUGUCAGACGCUUCUCAAGACCGAGCCGUUCCGAGGACUAUGCAAGGAGAAGACGCCUGGCCCGCUGCCGUCCAUCACCGCAUCCCCUCCCCCACCUCCGAAGCCGAGUCCUGCCCUGACCGGGCCAGUGCCGCAACUUGGGGUACUGGUGACCAUGACGUCAGCGCCGGCCAUGCCGACCAAGGCGAUACUGGUAUGAUGGAGGCCUCGCUGCUGCACGGCCAGGAUUCCCAAUUUGGUGUGCCCACCGAACCCGGGGCAACUUCUGUUCCCGCCACGCCUUCCCCAGGUCGUAGCCGCGGCCACGUCCGGUCCCUCCAUACCGUCAAUUCAUGGACCUGGCAGCCCGGCAUGAAGAGGAGUUUCAGCAUGGGCUACCGCGCCGACUGCGAGAAGUGUCGCCUCAAAGUCCCCGGCCACUUCAACCACAUCGUCAUCUCGUAGGAUGCUGGUGAUGGCGAUGCUCCUAUGGUGCCGACGGCCGACCAACCUCUGCUGCGAAGGUCAGC